CCGUACACGGCAGUCGGACGCACAGCUAACACACCAAGAAACGUUCGGCAAUGGCGACGGCGGCUACUGGCAUCGCACCACCGGUGAUCAUCGUGGGGGCAGGGCCGUCAGGUCUCGCGGCGUCGGCUUGCCUGGCGCGGCGCGGGGUGGCGAGCCUGGUCCUCGACCGCGACGACUGCGUGGGCUCGCUCUGGCGGAAGCGCGCCUACGACCGCCUCCACCUUCACCUCCCCAAGCAGAUCAGCGCGCUCCCCCACGCGCCGCACGCCGAUGACGCCCCGGACUACCUCCCGCGCGACCACUUCGUCCGCUACCUCGACGCAUACGCCGACCGCUUCGACGUGCGCACGCGCCUCCGCCGCGAGGUCCGUGCCGCGCGCUUCGUGGACGGGCGGUGGGAGGUGGAGGCCGUCGACCUGGGCACCGGCGAGGCGGAGCGGCACGCGGCGAAGUUCUUGGUGGUGGCCACGGGGGAGUUCGACGAGAGGGUGCUGCCGGAGGUGCCCGGGCUGGACACGUUCACCGGCGAGGCUAUGCACUCCAGGGACUAUGCAUCCGCCGAGGGGAUGCGUGGGAAAGCGGUGCUCGUCGUCGGGUGUGGCAACUCCGGGAUGGAGAUCGCCCUCGACCUUGCCGAGGGCGGCGCCGCAACCUCCAUCGUCGUCCGCGGCGAGCUCCACCUGAUGACAAGGGAGAUCAUGAGCGCGUCCACGGCGCUGUUCGCGUACCUUCCCGUCUGGAUGAUCGACAAGCUGACGCUGCUCGCGUGCUUCCUCGUCUUCGGCGACACCGCCAAGCACGGCCUCCCACGGCCCGCCCUCGGGCCCUUCGCCAGAAAGCUGCUGAUCAACGCCUACCCUGUCAUCGACGUCGGCACCUACGACAAGAUCAAGAACGGCCAGAUCCAGGUGCUGCCGGCGAUGACGAGCAUCCACGGGGACGUGGUGGAGUUCGCCGACGGCACACGGCACCGCUUCCACGCCAUCGUCUUCGCCACAGGGUACCGCAGCACGGCAAAGAAAUGGCUCAAGAGCUACGGCGACGGGCUGAUCGGCGACAACGGGAUGGCGGCCGGGAGAUCGCCCAAGGGCGAGAAUGGGCUCUAUCGCGCGGGGCUAGCGGGGAGAGGGAUCUACGGCAGCUUCACGGACGCGCAGUUUAUCGCCCAGGAUAUCAGCAUGCAGCUGCAGGGCUCCGGCGAGUCAGCCGACAACACCGGCAAUGUGGGCUAGCUAGCAGCCACCCACAUGUUCACGGGCCAGCUAGACAGACAUAUUGCAGUGUAGUGUACUCGGGUGGAGCCAGAAUUUAGACAUAGGGAUUAGGGAGACGAGAUGAUGAUGGUCGCAUGUGAUACAAUUAUAUGAUUUCAGUAUCGCUGUACUCCUAUUCAUUUUCAGACAUAUUGCAAGUAUAAAUUAUACUACCUCCAUUUUCCAAA